GUCGAAAAGGGCGCCAUUUUCUAACCAUCCAGCUGUUCUUGAAACACACGGUUUGGCCUUUUCUUGCUACUUUACUGUGUUAUGCACUAGUGACACGGAUUCAAGACCAAAGAAAUAGUGUGAAAGAAACGAAGUGCGCGAAACUGCGAAUCAAGACCGACCGCGACAAAUGCACGGAAAUGGGUGGCCCAAGUGAGGACGACGAGAUGGCAGGUUCUGGUCACAUCAGAGAAGACAAGGGCUGCGUAUGAAGCGCAGGCGGCGCUUCCGCUGUCAUCGCUUCGGCUGCCGUUCUGUUCGUCUGCUCCUGACGCUCUGCACAACUGCGCGCCCCUGCCGUCUGCCGUGCGCUACAAGAUGUCUCUAAAUCGGCCAGUGUCUCAGCAUUUUAGGGAAAACCGAAGAAAGGACACAUGGCAUUCUGUGUGGCUCUACAGCGGGCCAACACGAGGAGGGACAGCAUUGCCCAUUUCUUGUACUUCCAGAAAGUACUCCUUCAGGCACAGCAAUUGCGGGCCCAGUGUGCCACGGAGAGCGCCACCUGCAACAAAUACUUCAGCCAGCACCAUCACGUUCGAUGACAGGCUGGAAAUGCCCGUGCAAUGGCACCUUCCACGUGGAUCCUCCUGGCGGUGCUUUACGUUUGGACACCCUUAAUAACGUCUGAAGAGGAAGUGACCACAGCGACCGCAGGUGGUGAAGUGACGAGAAUGCGUAGGCUCUUGUUUGGCACAGACAAACCAUGCAAGACAUUUGGAGAACAGGCUUGGCUGCACUUGUAUGCAGAGUUAAGAUGGCUGCUGCGUGUUCCCCGCCGUGGCAUCGCAUCGGGGACUCGCCGGAUGGCGACUCCGCUGGUAAUCCUUCCGGCUCAAAACUGGGGCCAACCGAUGCUACGCCAGAACGACCGUCGAGCCGCAACACCAGCUCCCCGGAAGAUAGCUGUGCCAUUUGCUUGGGAGCGCCUGAGAAUAAGUCAUUCACAGACAGCUGCUUUCACCAGUUCUGCUUUGCCUGUCUUGCUGAGUGGGCCAAAGUCAAAGCCGAAUGUCCUCUCUGCAAGCAGCGAUUCAAGAGCAUCAUCCACAGCGUCCGCUCGCUCGAAGACUACGACCAGUACUUCGUCAGUGACCUGCAACGAGCCCCGGCGUAUUCGAUGCAGGUGGUUUAUGAGAGGAGGUUUCGGUUCGCCACCACGAUGACUGCCGAGCGGCGGCAAGUACUGGAAGCAAUGCGACUGCGACAAGAGCGCGAGAGGCAGACUCGGCACUCCUCCGCAACUCAUCGAAAUCGGAAUCGCUACCUCCCCAGAGGGGCCACAACGAGUGCCGAUAGAUUUCAGCUGUACGCGUCGGACCUGUGGGCUGUCCCCAGCAUGUCGCAGUAUCGCGAAGCAUCACCCGAGUUCUACCGUGAGAACCCAGCUUGCACCCACCGUUUGGUCCCCUGGCUCAAUCGUGAGCUGAAUGCAUUGAUGCAGCAGAAUCGAAGCCGUAUAGUGGCUGCCAUGGAUCACGUCAUGUCGUUAAUCCUGAAUUUAGACAUCAGGCAUCUUGACUUUGCCCAGAACAUGGAACCUUUCCUCCGUGAGCAUACAGAGCACUUUGUCCACGAGUUCUUUUUAUUUGCUACAUCAGUGCAUGACAUGGCUGCAUACGACCAACAUACAGCGUACUCCUCGCGGCCUGAGGCUUGCUCUCGGGUGGACCCCGUCAAUUGGUUCAGGCGCUCGUUGCGGGAAUCCGAACGAGCAGCUGCGCUGGAAUUGCGCGCCGCACCAGUUGCCGAACGUCAUGACUCGCCUCAACCGGGCCCCAGCGGACUCGCUGUCGCAAGGGAGGUGGUGGUUGCCACAACCGUGGACAGCGAUAGUGACUCUGACAGCUCGGACUGCAUCGUAGUGGAAAUGGUCAAACCGCUCGGGGAGAGGACUCCCAUCGUGAUCAACCUGGUGUCUUCUGACGAGGACGAUGCCUCUGCACGUGGAAGCCAUCAGGCAGGCCUAUGUGACCAGGAGGCGGGACCGAGCCAUUCUAGUUGCCCAUUGGAAGACCGUAAGCCUUUCGAACGUCAUGCCACAAGUGAUAGGUCAUCGAGCGAUUCUGAUGAUGGGCAUGCUCGGAGUCGGCACUCCCAAGCACGCACGCGAAAGCAUUCAAAGCCAGCGCGCUACAGGGGACGAACUCCAGACAGCCAUGGCUCCUCCUCACGGUCUGGGCAACGGCAUCAGAGAGAGGUUCUGUGUGCUGCAGGCACACGCCGUGGCUCGAACAGCCGGAGUAGUACGUCGUCCAACGAGGAUAGCCAGUCCUCUGCUCGGCAAAGACAGCGGCGAAAGCUGGUCAGCGUUGUUGGCGCAGUGAACAUUGCUAGCAAGCCACGCGAGACAUCGCACCACGAGCGACAUCAUUCCCACCACCAUCGCCACGAACACAGGUCUAGGAAAAAGUCUACAAAAAAACAUAAGCACAGGAGGCACAGGUCGUCACAUGAUUUUUAGCUCUAUAUAUUUGUGUACAUAUGUAAAUUAUAUGACGGCUUUUUUAUAUA